UUAAUUUGUUUGUGUGAGAUUAAAUCUACAUGCAUUAAAGACUAAAAUUGAAUAAUUGAUUUUCCAGGAUCGUAAACUUUUAUUGGGUCCCCAUACGUGUAUAUAUAAGUCACACCUUACACACUCUCUCUAUAUCUCCCACACACAAAACCUAGAAUCUCUUUUUCUUAAACUUUUUUUUCUUGGUAAAGUUAAUUUUCUUUCUCUCUCAAGAUCAUUGUCUUCAUCUUCAUCUUGAUCUUGAAGAUGGAGCCACCGCAACAUCAUCAUCAAGCCGACCAAGAAAAUGGCAACAACAACAAGUCCGGCUCUGGUAGUUAUACGUGUCGUCAAACGAGCACAAGAUGGACACCAACAACGGAGCAAAUCAGAAUCCUCAAAGAUAUUUACUACAACAACGGAGUCCGAUCACCAACGGCCGACCAGAUUCAGAAGAUCUCUGUAAGGCUAAGACAGUAUGGGAAAAUCGAGGGUAAAAACGUCUUUUACUGGUUCCAGAACCAUAAGGCUCGUGAGCGACAGAAGAAGAGAUUCAACGGCACAGUCAUGACCACGCCGACGUCUUCAUCUCCCAACUUGGUUAUGAUGGCUAGUGAUCAUUAUUAUAACCAUCAUCCUCUUCUUCACCAUCCUCAGCAUGGUGUUACCAUGCACAGACCUGCUUCAGUAAACGUUAAGCUUGACCAAGAAAAUCAUCUGCUUCAUCAAAACAGAUCAUAUCCUAGCUUCAAUAACGGUACAGGCACUGAAUGUGGUGCUCUUAAUGCGUCUUCUAAUGGCUACAUGAAUAGCCAUCUCUAUGGAUCUAUUGUACGUUUGAAACUACAAGUCAUUUAUUUUAGACAAUAUAAAUUCUGCAUGCAUAUAAAUUCCAUUUACAUUUAUGAAACGGGAUUUUGGGUGAAGGAACAAGAUUGUUCAAUGAGCUACAACAACGUAGGUGUAGAGUGGACAAACAUGGAUCAUAAUCAUAUUUACUCUGCUCCAGCUUACAACUUCUUCGAUAGACCAAAGCCUAUGUAUGAACUAGAAGUUCAUGAAGAAGAAGGAGACUAUGGUGGCAAUGCUUAUCUGGAACAUAGACGUACACUUCCUCUUUUUCCUAUGCACGGUGAGGAUCAUAUCAACGGCGGUGGUGGUGUCAUCUGGAAGCACGGACAAUCGGACGGUCGUGAUCGUUAUGGUAGAGGCCCUUGUGCUUCUCUAAAGCUAUGCCUGAACUCCUACGCAGCCGGCGUCACACAGGAUUAAUGCUUUCUUGAGCUACGUCUGAACUCCUACGCUCUUUAGCUUCAAUCGCAUGGUUGGCUCGUAUUAUGCAGUUAUAAUAGUAGUAUCUUCCGUACGUACGUAGUUUAAUAAAUUGUAAUUACUCUCGUCUAGGUUUAACUUUAUUUGAGUGUGUUUUUCACCUUUCUUUUAUAAUGUAACACAUUGAAAUUAUAUUAAUAUGGAAUUUGAGUCUAUUUCAGUACGAUAUACACAUAUGGAAAUUCAAAAAAAUCCGUAGGCAUUAUGUAGGGGAAAGCCCCCAAAAUCUACAUAGUUUUUAUACAAGUGGAUUAGCCAAAUAUAACCUAUAUAUUGGUUUGAAAUGAAAAAAAUAAACUUCAUAUUCAAUCAAUCGCAAAAGUAGGGGUAGCAAAUUAUUAUUUAUCCCUUAUGACCAAAAAAAAAAAAAGUUAUUAUACGAUUCUAUCAUACGGAAGUCUACAAUUAGUAGAGAGAAGUCUACAAAGUGUAGACCUCUUUAUUAUGAAGUCUACAUCGUAAUUUGAUCUAAUCAUUUUAUUUUAAAAAUGUCUAAUUAGGAAAUAUUGUGUGAAUUUUUUUUAUAAAUCAUCAACAUAAGAACCAGUGUGAGGGAUAUAAAUUAAAAAAUUAAUAUAAUUGAACAUUUUUAAAAAUAUAUAUUGAUUUGAUAAUUCUGUGUUGGAAUUAGAUUCUUAGGGUUAUAUUUUAGAUUUAGGUUUUUGUUUUAUUGACCUAAAUUUACAUAUCAAUUUGAUAGUUUAUAUUUUACAUAUUUUGUUAUUUGAUACAAUGAUUAACUGAGACUUUUUGGUUAUUAAGUACACAUUUAGAGUUUCGAUUUUGUGGUUUAAGACAUUUCAAACAGCCCCUUAUCCUCUUAGUCCGAGAGAUUUUGCACUCCAAUAG